UAUCGAGUUAAAUGGAUAUAUCAGUUAAAUCGGUUAUAUCAUUCUAAUUUACUUGAGUGUACUUGAGCUACUUGAGUUAUCUACCUUUGUCAGCUGCCUCAAUUGAUCAUUUGCGAAGUUUGGAAUGUAGAUGAAUGUGACAUUGAUUAAAAGAAUAUCUCGUAAUGCUCGUAAUGCACUCAGACGAGAGAACUGUGUGUUGUGUGCGUGUACACUGUGUCUUCAUGAAAUAGUGGUGAGAUAUUUUAAUACGAACCCUUGACUGUGGAGUUCAUUGUGUCGAGUAUUUCAGUGAAUAUUCGUAACUGCAGACAGGAACCUGUAAGAAAUGGGGUUAGGGAGACUAAUUAUACGACAGACACAUGCUGUACUGCAGACUCAAGUACCGCUUGUCCGUGACAAAGCUUUUAUUAAUGGGGCAUGGGUCGCAGCAGCCAGUGGCAAGAUGUUCGAUGUAAUAGAUCCAGCCAGUGGCAAGGUUGUGGGCUCUGUUCCUGAUAUGGAUGCAUAUGACACUGCUAAAGCUAUUCAGGCUGCUACAGAUGCUUUUCAAACAUGGAAGAAUACCACUGCCAAGGAACGAUCAGAAUAUUUAAGGAAGUGGUAUGAUGUUCUGGUCAAGCAUCAUGAGGAUCUAGCAACACUCAUCACUGCAGAAGCAGGAAAGCCGUGGAAGGAAGCCCAUGGGGAAGUUUCGUAUGGCAAUUCAUUUGUGGAAUGGUUUUCUGAAGAAGCUAGAAGGACUCAUGGUGAAAUUCUUGCCAGUCCCACACGUACGAAAGAAAUGAUUCUGAUAAGGCAGCCAAUAGGAGUUGCUGCAUUGAUUACACCAUGGAACUUCCCAAUUGCAAUGAUAACAAGGAAAGCAGGUGCAGCACUUGCAGCUGGAUGCACAUGUGUUGUCAAGCCUGCUGAGGACACACCUCUCACUGCUCUAGCACUUGGACACUUAGCAGAAGAAGCAGGUCUACCCAAGGGAGUGUUCAAUGUGAUAACGAGUAGCAGAACAAAUGCACCUCAAGUGGGAAAACUUCUCUGUGAAAGUCCACUUGUGGCUGGGAUAUCUUUCACUGGUUCAACUGCAGUUGGGAAAUUACUAUAUAAACAGAGUUCAUCUGGUGUUAAAAGGUUGGCAUUAGAACUUGGUGGAAAUGCUCCAUUUAUAGUCUUCAACAGUGCCGACAUUGAUAAGGCUGUUGAAGGUGCAGUUGCAUCAAAAUUCCGUAACUGUGGGCAGACAUGUGUCAGUGCAAAUCGUUUUUUGAUUCAAGAUGAAAUAUUUGAUCUGUUUAUUGAGAGAAUAUGCAAUAAAAUGAAGACUCUUGCAAUGGGUUUUGGAAUGGAUCACUCAUGCUCUUUGGGGCCCCUCAUCAACACAGCUCAAGCUCAUAAGGUUAACACAAUUGUUCAAGAUGCUAUCAAGAAAGGAGCAAAGAUCCAUUUGGGUGGGAAACCUGCAUCCACUUUGGGGGAGAGAUUUUAUGAACCCACUUUACUUACAAAUAUCAGUGAAUCUAUGAUGUGCUACAAUGAAGAGAUCUUUGGGCCAGUUGCAGUAUGUAUAAGGUUCAAGACUGAAGAAGAAGCUCUGACUAUUGCCAACAGCACAAGACAGGGUUUAGCAGGCUAUUUCUUCAGUAAUGAUGUCCCACAGCUUUGGAGAGUAGCCAAGGGAUUGGCUGUAGGCAUGGUUGGAAUUAAUGAAGGCAUCAUAUCAACUGCAGAAGCUGCGUUUGGUGGCAUUAAAGAGUCUGGUAUUGGACGUGAAGGAUCUCAUCAUGGCAUUGAUGAAUUCACAUAUACAAAAUAUAUGUGUUUUGGGAAUCUGUAAAUAGCAAAUAUGUUACUUUACUUGUAUUUCCUAACCAGUUCGGUAACAUAAACAAGUAUACAUGUAUUACAGCAUGUUUUCUUUAGAAGUGAUGGUAUGUGACAUGUAAAUAGGAACACAUUGUUGUUUGUGGUCAUUAUACUAUUGUGUUGUAGCUUUAUGUUUAAAAUGAAACACUUUAAGUUGGAAAUUAUUGGUAUUUGCUUGCCAUAAGAGGCACUGCUAUGUUGUGAGACCACAUAUGACCUAUUGUUAAGACUGCUAUUUAGUUGGUUCAGUUUUAUUUGAAGUGAAGGCUUUGCCAUAAGAGAAUGGAACUUACAAAACCUGCAAAAGAAGAUAGAUCAGUAACAGUUUUCUUAUCAGUACAUAAACAUCAUAUUCAGCAGAGUGUUGCGUAUAAUACAGAGUUAAAAAGAUGAAAGUAUACUUAAUUCAUAAUACACAUAAAACUCGUGAAAAAUAAAUUUGAAUUAGAAUGUUCCACAAAAGAGAAUACAUUGUCACUACCAAGUCUGCUCCUCUUCUGUUUCUUUUAUUUGUUACUGAUCUCCUAAACCUCCUGCUUAUUGCUAUGUGGUCUGUUUGGUUUUUGGUGCUAUGAUCUAUGGAUAUCCAUGUGACUUUGUUGCAUUUUUUAUGUAUAAACAGUGACCCUUCUAUUAACAAAUCAUAACUAGCACACAGAUUAACAAACAACUUUCCAUUUUCAUUCAUCUCUCCAAUUCCAUGUUGUCCCAUAACAUGUUCUGGUCCUUCAUUGUUGGAUCCUAUUUUGGCAUUCAUAUCCCCUAUCAUCAUAAUUAUGUCGUUUUUCCCUACUUUCCUGAUUGUAUCACUCCACUGUUGGUAAUAUUCUUCUUUCUUGGUUUUUCUGUUUGCCUCUGUUGGUGCAUAGCAUUGAAUUAAUGUCACAUUAAACAUGCUGUCAGUAUUCUUUCUGAAAUGAGUUCCAUGCUGUAUUAUCAGUAAUCCUACUCCAUUUCUGUGUUCUACAUUUUCUCCUGUUGCACCAGAAAAGUAAAUCCAUUUUGUACUGUCAUUUCCCCGAUGUAUAACCAUCUCACUUCACUGAUUCCAAGAAUGUCCAGCUGAUAAUGUUCCAUUACUUUGAUCGCUUGUCUUAGUUUCCCAUCAUCCCUCUGGAUUCUGACGUUCCAGAAGCCAAUUUUGUUUUUAUUUUUCAUGCCAAAUGUUGUCAACAUUUUUCCCAUCUGGUUUUGUUUCACCUCAUUUUCUUUAAUAAUUUAUUUAAGAGUAUGCAGGAUAUUAGCCCACAUAUCCGAUCUUGGUGAUCAUACACGUAUGAGUCUGACUCGCGAGUCCGACUCGGCUCGGGAUCCAAUGAGCCAGACUCAUCUGUGUGUGGGUCGCCAUGCUCAUGCAUUUGUGGUGAAAUUAAUCUGAGCCUCAAGUCAAGCUCGCCGAGCCGGACUCGUACAUGUAUGGGCCACCUUAGCCACCAAUGACAAUACUUGCUCUUUAAUGUUUACUGUUUUAUGUAAGUAAUUCUGUGAAAUAAAAGACUUACAAUGCUAAUUCCUUUA